CUUUUCGCUAUAAAAACGCCCGCUCCUAUUUCCUUGUCACUCUCUCUUCCAUAGUCCAUACCCAACGGGCACUUCCAAAAUUUUGUCGUUUCUUUCAUCUUUCAUUUUCAUUGCAUACCUGUUUCUGGAAAGUUUGAAAAUUAAACAUAACACCCUCUGAUUUUAUUUCUCCUUCACUUAGUAACAUGAGCGCUGUUUUGGCAUUCAAUAUAUAGGUAUACUUCCCCACCUAAAAACAGCACUCUCUAUUUCUCUCUCUCUGCUCUCCUAAUUAACUGCUUGAUUUGCUUCAUUGCAUUAACGACUUGUUCAGUCAUCACGGGAUCACUGCCUCGGUACAUUAAUGGCUGAAGUUGAAGUACCAUGUCCAGAAACAGAGAGCUCUAGUACUAAUUCCUCUUCUUCUUCUUCCUCCUCAUUGUCUUCUGAGUCCAUGCACAACUUGGUUUUUGACACGUCCAAGGAAUUACCAGAAGAGAAGAAACGGCCUACGAAGCGAAAAAGAGAGACGAUUAACAGUGAAAACAGAGUACAAAAUCAAGUUUACAGAGGAGUUAGGAUGAGAAGUUGGGGAAAAUGGGUAUCUGAAAUUCGUGAACCGAGGAAGAAGUCACGUAUUUGGCUCGGCACUUAUCCUACAGCAGAAAUGGCCGCUAGAGCACAUGACGUGGCCGCGCUGAGUAUUAAAGGAAAUUCCGCCAUUCUAAAUUUCCCUAAUCUCAUCGACUCUCUGCCUCGUCCAGUGUCAAAUUUACCCAGAGAUGUUCAAGCUGCUGCUGCUAAAGCAGCUGCAAUGAAUCUGAACCUAACUUCUGUUUCAUCUUCAUCCUCAUCUUCUUCGUCAACUUUAAUAACAUCAACGGGCUCAGAGGAAUUAGGAGAAAUUAUAGAGCUGCCUAAUAUAGAGGAAAGCGAGGAGACGAAGACUGAGUUGAGGUUGAGUGACUCGGUUGAAGGGUGGUUGUACUCGCCGUGGUGGGCAUCAACUGACAGUGAUUUUUGUGGUUAUUUUCCUACCGGGGAGAGUUCAAUUCCGAGCAGCUUUGAGAUUCUGAAAUGGGCUUGCUAAAGCUGAUACUUCAGCUUUGUGGACUGAGAAAAGUGGGUUUGCUUUGGUUUUUGUCUUUUUCUUCUGGAUCAUUUGAAUAUCUACGGAAAUACUGUUUAAGUAAAUAUAUACAAUAUCAGUUUAGUUGUCCAUAAAUCAUUAAUUUUGGAUAUUCUUAUUUAAAUAUUUGAAUACAAUAAAACUCUGUUUGA